AUGAUGGAGAAGAUAAAACCCUCUGUUUAUUUACAAGUGUAUAAUCUUGUCUGUACCUGCCUUUUCCAGAUUGUGUUUUUCGAGGACCGGGACUUCCAGGGAAAGUCCUAUGACUGUAAAGGGGACUCAGCUGACCUGCACGGCUACAUCCGCCGAUGCAACUCGGUCAAGGUAGAAGGCGGCUGGUGGGUUCUGUACGAGCGCAACAACUACACAGGCUACCAGUAUGUCAUUGGUCCAGGGGAGUACAAUGACUACCGCCACUGGAUGGGCUUCAAUGACUGCAUCAGAUCCUGCAGGAUCAUCAAAAACGCAAAAGGGCCAUGCAAGCUGCACGUGUUCGACCGGCCAAACUUUGAUGGCCAUACUCUGGAGUUGACAGAGAACAUGAAGUCGGUCCAAGAGAAAUGGCUCGGUCAAGAAGUCCAGUCCUGCAAGGUCCUGGAGGGUUCCUGGGUUUUCUUUGAGCAUCCCAACUUCUGUGGUCGCCAGUAUUUACUGGAGAAAGGGGAGUACCGACACUACUCAGAGUGGGGAGCUGUGAAGGCCAUUGUGGGCUCCAUCAGAAGAAUCAUGGAGAAAUGA